AAAUUGACGCGGGUUGUUGAAUGGGAACGUUACUUCCCGUUCCAGGUGGGCUGUUGCGUUGUGUUUAGAACCAUCAGAGAAUGCCCAUCAUAGUGAAAUAUACUGUCUUUAACAAUGAGAAAGACGAAACUUUCGUGUUUUAUACUUGCAAUUUGGCUGAGCAUGCAACUAAAGUUAUGAUAUCAUUGAGGAGAACGUUAACACUACACUCAAGACCACUGAAACGGAACGUAUCCACCUAAUCUCAUUGUUGGUUUGAGUGGCUUGGACAGUAUUCACUUCCAAUAUUUCUGUUAGUGACGUAACUACUCCCAAACUAUUUCAUACGGAAGUUCACAAGAUUAUCAUGACUAAGAACCUUCAUAUAUUCAUCCAAUUUUGUGCUUAUGUAUACUACUGAACUAUACUUUUAGUGUGAACAACCUGUAGAUCUUGUUUUAAGAAUAAAGAACUAUAUUGAAUGUUAAAACGUAUUUUGUUAUUUUUAAAAAAAAUAGGUAUGCCAUUUUAUUUGACAGAUUUCGAACGUUCUACGAAGUUUUUAAUCAUCCUUAUCCUAUCACUUACACCUCAGUCAACUUAUGCUCAAAUUGAUGGAAUCUAUUGUGGUGAAGAAACCUGUUAUGAUGUUUUACAGGUUACCCGAGAUGAUGAUAAAAAUAGAAUUCGUAAAGCAUAUCAUGAAAUGGCAAGAAAACAUCAUCCAGAUAGACAGAAAACAUCUGAGGAUAAAAUAAAAGCGGAAGAACGCUUCCGUUUAAUCAACACUGCCUAUGAGAUUCUUAGUGAUCCAGAACAACGAACAGAAUACGAUUAUAUGCUUGAUAAUCCAGAUCAAAUGUACUAUCAUUACUAUCGGUAUUAUCGACGUCGUGUUUCGACAAAAGUUGAUGUUCGGUUGGUAAUUAUAUCAAUUCUUCUUAUUAUAUCAUCGAUACAAUAUGCUGGUCAAUGGACAAGUUAUAAUCACGCAUUAAGUUAUUUACUGAAGGAUCCAAAACAUCGUGCCAAAGCAAAACAGAUAGCUAUUGCUGAUGGUCGUUUAAAUAUAUCCAAAUAUGAAGUUGGCAGACGUUUAACACGCGAUGAACUGAAAGAACGUGAGGAACAACUACUUCGGGACAUAUUAAAGGAGACUGUUGAACUUCGAGGUGACUGUUGUCGACCCAGCCUAAAACGUGUUCUACUGGUUAGAAUAUUGUUUUUCCCUUGGACUUGUUAUAUAUGGUUACGUUGGAUGCUUUAUUGGGUUGUAAAGUAUUGGAUACUUCGUAGGGAAUAUGAUGAAGAGGCACGGAUAUUUAUCACUAGACGUCGGUUAAAAAUAAGUGAGAAUGAAUGGGAUUAUGCAGGCGAAGAACAACAAGCAAAGUAUUUAUCACAAAAGCUUUGGAUUAAUGAGAAUUAUCAGAAAUUUCUUGCAGAUCAACAAGAAGCGAAUCGAAUUCGAGCAGCUGAAGAUACUGAUUUAAAACGUUAUAGACGAUACACAAAACGUGCUGGACCUGCCUCAGUGAAUCUUGAAGAUCUAUUUUAAAAUCCCCGCCAUUCAAAGUGAAUAUUAAUUGUCCAAUGUCCUUGUCGAUCCUACCAUAGUUCCGUUCUAUGUAUUAUAUAUAUAACGGUAGCCGAUCGUUUGUUAUUAUGUAUAUCGAUAGUACAGUUUUCUUUCGCUAGGUUGUUUUGUGUAUACAUAAAAGAGCAGUCGGUGAUUUUCAUUCCAUACUCUUCAUCAUGCUCUCCUUCUUUUCCACAGUUGAAAUCUUUUAUUACCCUACCCAUAUUUCGGUUCAUGUGAUAAAACCAUGGAGCUUAAUUUUUUUUAAAAUUACGUAUGACUUGUGAACUCUUUCGUAGGUUUAUUUCUUAUCAUACUUAAGCUCUGUCUCUCACUUUGUCAUAUAUGUGCCUUAAAUUUUGAUUUACUGUUGGACAUUUUCAAUCCUACAAUUAGUAAUUAUGGUUUGUAUUGUUUAAUCAAAGUUUGUAUAAAUAAAUUACUACUUAGCAGAUUUAUACAUUUUCUAUUUUUAGUGGAAUUUGUUUAUUGUCUUUUAUGUAGCAUGUGCUUCCCAUUGUAAUUUGUCAUGGAUUUAAAUCAAUGUGUUUUGUUGCUUCUCACGAUUAUUGUCUUAUCAUUUCAGUGUUAUAACUAGUUUGUUUUUUCUUAAAUAAAUUGAUAACUGGGGUUCUGUACUAUGCUAGUUAUGAUGAUUCUACAAAGUAACAUGAAUAAUACUAAUUCAAAUGAGUAUUUAUAAUAUAAGAUAAGUGAAAUCGGUUCUUUAAAAUAUUAUCGAUCGAAAAGAUUUCUUUGCUGACUUUAGUUAGUGAAUUACUUCUGGAAUUUGGAGAAAAUAAACGUUGACUAUAUGUUUACAAUUCAAGUGAUGAUUAUUUUCAGGCGAAUUUUGACUCAUUCUCCAAGCACUUGGCUUGAAACUAUACUCGAUGUAUGAAGGCUAGUAAUACUAUCAAGUUUCCCAAAUGAAAGCAAGUAAAGUGAGAUUCUAACUUUGGACGAAAGUCGAAAGCUUUAACCAUUACUAUACCGCUCCACUAUUUAGUCAAUCCUAUGUUGAAAAUAGUGACAUUAAAGUAGAGAUUUAAAUUAACCAACCAUUAUCGAAAUAAAACAUGGUACAAGUAAUACAUCAGCUCAAAUUGUCAGACCUUGUAACACC